ACACCUCAACGUGUCGAGGCUUUGUCUAAGUGAGAAAUUAAGGAUGCUCGGGUUAUUACUUGGAUCCUUAGCUCGAUUGAGCCUCAUCUUGUUCUCAAUUUGAAGCCUUAUAAAACUGCUGCUGCUAUAUGGAAUUAUCUCAACACGGUUUACAAUCAAGACAACUCCGCUAGGCAAUUUCAAUUGGAGUAUGAGAUGGCUAAUUUCACAUAAGGAAGUCUCUCAAUUGAGGAAUAUUUUUCUAGUUUUCAAACUCUUUAAGCUGAUUAUUCCGACAUUGUUUAUGCUAAUGUUCUCGCUGCAGCUCUCUCUGCUGUCCAAGCAGUGCAUGCAACCAAUAAGCGUGAUCAAUUCUUGAUGAAGCUACGACCUGACUUUGAAAUUUCAUGGUCUAAUCUGAUGAAUCGUCAUCCUGUAUCAUCUCUGGAUGCCUGUUUGAGUGAACUUCUUCGUGAGGAGCAGCGUAUCGUAACUCAAGCUACCAUGGAACAUCGAGCUAAUGUUAGUGCACCUGUUUCUGUGGCUUAUGCAGCACAAGGGAGGAAUAAGGGUAGAGAUAUGCGUGUUGUCCAGUGUUUUAGUUGUAAAGCUUUUUGUCAUAUUGCUCAGGAUUGUCCCACGAAGUUCUGUAAUUACUGCAAGAAACAUGGUCAUAUCAUCUCUGCUUGUCCCAUUCGACCUGAAAGGAAGCAGGGUACUACUUAUCAUGCCUCCAUUGAUGCCUCUAGUUCUGCUGCAUUGCCUGCUGCCUUGCCGGUUGUUCCUAUUCCUGCUCCUACAGCCUUAGCAAACCCGAACACACUCACUCUUAAAAUGGUACAACAGAUGAUCAUUUCUGCUUUUUCUGCCUUGGGGCUCUCAGGAUCAACUGUCAGGGAAGAUGAUCGCGAAGGGGCAUAAGGUGGGAC